AUGAACAAUUCCACUGAUAUCCCGAACGUUUCUCCCUUAACCUUGGACAAGAAGGAACUCGAACCGAAGUUCGUCGAGACCAUUCGCCUCAUCUUAAGCGCUAUCAUCUGCUCCAUUGGCAUUGUUGGUAAUCUCCUAGUCGUCAUUAUCACGUGCACAAAUCGCGCCAACAAGACCGCUGUGCACAAGUACAUCCUGAACUUAGCCAUUGCGGAUAUUGGAGUGCUGGCUAUAUGCUAUCCCCUCACUCUUGUUAAAGCUGCAGACCCGUUACAAUGGCCUCUCGGGAAGGUUUUUUGCGAGGUUUUUUACCCAUUAUCUGAUAUCUUCUACAGCGCGUCUAUUGGCUCGAUCGUUGCCAUAACGAUCGACAGGCACCGAGCAAUCGUCCGUGGUAUGACGUCACACAGGUCGCUGUCAGUCGCUAAAUGGGUGAUAAUGGGAGUUUGGGUGUUAGGUUUUCUAGCAGUGGUGGUCCCCCUGUACUUCGUCAUGGAAUUCAUUGAAGAUAAAGAGAAGGGGACUAUAGACUGCACACCAGUUUGGCCAAAUAUCGCGACAAGUAAAAGCUACGUCAUCUCACUUACAAUUUUCUGGUACCUACUUCCGCUGGCCUUGAUACUGUGGGCGUACAGACAGAUCGGCCGCAAGAUUCGCGCAAGCAAAUUACUUCACAAGAAAAUCAACAACAUGCGCGGAAGCUACAAGACUGAAAAAAAGAAAAAGUUUGAUAACGCCAACACAAAAGCGUUGAAGAUUCUUGUACCAGUAGUUAUCACUUUCGCUGUUACAAUGUUUCCUUUUCAUGUGUUUCGGGUCGUUUCGCAGUUCGUGAUUGUUGAAAAGGUGAAGUACAUUUGGGUUGUAUAUAAUAUUUGCACGAUUCUGCUGUUGUCCAACAGUGCCGCAAAUCCAAUCAUAUACUCGCUUGUCAGUGCAGAGUUUCGACAACGCUUCAAAGACAUCUUCAGUUUAAACUGGCAGCGUCUUUGCCAAGAACCCGUGAAGCGUAAAACGGACUCAUUUUCAUACCGUUUUUCCUCUACCCAAGUCAAGUCGCCCAACCCAGACAGGGAAACUAACGUGUAG